AUUGCCAUCGGACUCCCGGGGAGGAAGAGAGUCGGGAUUGGGUUUCGCCGCCGGAAGCAGGGUGGACUUUUGUUGUGGCGGCGAGGAACAGGAAGCCCUGAAGGGUCAAAAGGAAUACAAAAGCAAAGGCUAUUUUCUUUUUCUGGUCUUUCUUUUUUUUUAACCCCUAAAAAGUAAGCGGCGUUGGCGUUGGCGGUGGCGGUUCGGGGGUGAGCGCUACCGAGGAGAGGGUGUCCCGCCUCCCGCGCGUUGACUGAUCAUUCCAUUAUGGAUGGAGGAGAUGAUGGUAACCUUGUUAUCAAAAAGAGGUUUGUGACUGAGGCAGAACUAGAUGAACGGCGCAAGAGGAGGCAAGAAGAAUGGGAGAAAGUUCGAAAACCUGAAGAUCCAGAAGAAUGUCCAGAGGAGGUGUAUGACCCGCGGUCUCUAUAUGAAAGGCUACAGGAACAGAAAGACAGGAAGCAGCAGGAGUACGAGGAGCAGUUCAAAUUCAAAAACAUGGAAUUAAUAGAAAAGCAGCGAAGAGAAGAGGAACUGAAAGAACUGAAGGAAUACAGAAGUAAUCUCAACAAGGUUGGAAUUGCUCCAGAAAACAAGAAGGAAGUGGAGAAGAAAGUGGCCAUGAAACCCAUAGAAACCAAGAACAAGUUCUCCCAGGCAAAGCUGUUGGCGGGAGCUGUGAAGCAUAAGAGCUCAGAGAGUGGCAACAGUGUAAAAAGGCUGAAAUCGGAUCCUGACCCAGAUGACAAGAAUCAAGAAGCCUCGUCUUGCGUGUCUCUUGGAAGCACAUCCCUGAGUGGUCCCUCCAUCCACUGCCCCUCGGCCGCGGUCUGUAUCGGCAUCCUCCCAGGCCUGGGCGCCUACUCUGGGAGCAGCGACUCCGAGUCCAGCUCGGACAGCGAAGGCACCAUCAACGCCACCGGCAAGAUCGUCUCCUCCAUCUUCCGAACCAACAGCUUCCUCGAGGCACCCUAGCUUCUGUGUCCUUAUCCAGGGAGCUCCUCCCCGAGGGUACACAGAUGGCUCAUCUGCCUGCAGGCAUCGCCUCCCUCAGAAAACUUCUCUGCCUGCUUCCUGUGCACACCGGGACAUUCUAACCGCGUCUCAAAACGUGCCGGCAUCCCACUGUGUUUGGUUUCUCUUUCCAGUCCGGUGCAGAUGCCCAGUCCGGCCCCUGCCUCUCUCCUCACUCACGUGGGGUGGGGGUCAGGGCCUGGCAGAAACCCCACUGAAAACGCCCUUGGAAGACAGGGCAGCUGGCUGGUACAGGGUUUGGGUUAUGUUGCUUUCUUGUGGUUUUUUGUUUUGUUUUGUUUUGUUUUUUUUCCUUUCUGAACAGCACAGGGAAGCAAGGGCCAUUCUUGGACAGGUGUUCUUUUAAACAUUCUCUCCUAGAUGAACGCAUUGUUUGGUGGCACUGCAUUGUGGAGAUGCGGACGGAGAGAACUGGUCCAGGUAAUGAACUCGCGCACUCCCCUGGAACUAACCAGUUCUUGAUGUUGUGUGACUAAGAUUAAAAACUACAUCUGCAGGGGGUGUCACUUUGCACUCA